AUGACUGGUCUACAGAAUAAUCAUCUAAUCAAGGUACAGGGUUCCAUCAACCCUCGUAAAAGAAAACACAAUAGAGUACGAACUGGUUGUUUUACCUGUCGUAAGAGAAAGAAAAAGUGUGACGAACGACAACCCGAUUGCAUUGCUUGUGUCAGAAAUAAACUUAAAUGUGUCUAUCCUACAAAAGAAAAUGAAAAAGUACCCAGUGAUUUCGUACUUGAACAACAAGAAUAUCACGAACCUUUAAACUUCAAGAAAAGAAGACAUCUGUUUGCGGCACCAAAGGAUGAACAGGCACCUCAGGAUUUGUUUGGUGUCAUUGUAUUAAACAAGUACACCGGUCCACAAGUGUCUCUGCCCCCAUCAUCCGAAGAUUCAUCUUCAUCUUCCUCCUCAUCCGAUUCUCAAGAAGACUUUAUCACAACAUUCAAUGGAGAUGCCAAUGCUUUGAUCCCAGUGGAGUAUCAAACACCUAUAGACCCUUCAAUACCUUCCAUUUGGUCCCAAUCUAGUUUACUAUCUUUUGGACGAUACAUACCCAAUGUCGAAUUAUCAAUAGAAGAUUCAGAGUUGUAUUCACAUUGUGCAAAAAACUACAUGAGUAUGGUGGCACUACCUCAUGCGCAUCCAUCAUUAUGUCCUGCUAAUGUAUGGAUUAGACUAGCCUCCCAUUCUCCAAUCUUGGCUGAUGUCUAUCUAAGUUGUGGUGCUACUUAUCUUGCUUGUGUUCACAAUGAAAAUAACGCCUUAUCUCAAAAAUAUCAUCGUCUAGCGGAAUCAAAGUAUAAUUCUGCUGUUCAAUCAUUAACAGAAGCAUUCAAUAACGGAUCAGUAGAUUUAGAUAGUGACUGGUUAAUGGUGGCAGGGUUGAAUUUGUGUUUACGUGACCGAGCAUAUGGGAUGAAUGGAUCAAGGUGUUCCAAACACAUUGUGUUUGUUUACAACUUAAUCUGUAGAAGAGUUGACAAAAAGGCCGCAGAUAGUCUUGCAACUCCCGAAGAGAGAUUGUUAAUGGAAAGUUUUAUAUUCAACUAUACUACAGCUUUGAUGACUUGUUCCAGAUAUGAUAUGAUACGAUUGCCUACUCCAUAUGAAUUGUUCCUGAAACUCAACAAGUGGUUGGUGAAUCCAAUUGUUAAAAAUUAUGAUGUUGAAUGGGUGAACAAUCCAGUUUUGGGAUCUGCUUUGGCAAUUUUCCAAGUAAUGGCCAAAUUAUGUUACUUGUUGAGAUGUCAUUUUGAACAGAAAAUCCCUGACGAUAAUGACCGUUGUUAUUUGAAUGAUGGUAAGUUUUGGAGUUUGAUAUUACCAUUGAAAGAAGAGAUUAGAAACAUUGAAGUUAAAAACUUUGAGAGAAUUCAAGAAUUGGAUGCUCUGAAAGUAUACGGACAAUGGUAUUUCAGUCUUCGAAGUAAUCUUGCUGUGUCUAUUAUAACAGUCAAUGCAUGUAAGAUCUUGAUUGAAAAACUAAUAAAUCCUAGUAUACCUGCAUUUCUUCCCCAGAUCCAAGAAUCAGUACAAUCUACAUUACAUGAACUUGAUUUGUAUAUACCGAGUGAUAACUACUCGUCUUCAGUUUCAUUUUUGAGUUUGUUUAUCUGUGGUUCAGCUAUCAUCAAUCGUGCACAAGAAGUUUUGUUUAGUGAAGGUUUGGCCAAUUUGGAAAAUGAUCUAAGCAAAUAUGUUGCUAUUGACGUGGUUAAAGUUCUACAACGCAGCUGGGAAAGAGAAAGAAUGGAAAGAAUUACAUUAGGCGAUAAAGGAUUUAAAAGUUUUGAUUUAGUAUUUGACAGAUCUACAUUAGAAAGUUUUGCGUUCUAA